CCCGCUGCGGUAGCCACACAGAGGGCAUUUACUGCAGCGCAGCCCUAUCGGAAAACACAACCGAACGCACCUCGGACUAUCAUGGAUCUCCACAGGACCAGUAUAUUGAACCAAAUGGAUUACAAUCGGGAGUCUAAAGAAGGGAAGGUGGCUCAGGGGACGGAGGAUCGGCUCGACAGCGGUUUGGACUCCCUGAAGGAGGAGGAGUACCAGGCUGUGGCCGCCGAGAUCCACCGGCUCCAGCUGGAAUGCGAACCGCCGCAGCACAAGCAGCUUCCCGCUGCAGCCCGAGAGCUGUACGACUGGCAGACACAGAUCACAGACGACGGAGACACGCUGCUCCACUUGGCGAUCAUCCACGAGGCCAAAGACUACAUCAAAACCAUGAUCGACCACUCUAAAAACACAGACUUCCUCAACACACAGAAUGACCUGAGACAGACUCCUCUCCACUUGGCUGUGAUAACAAAACAGCCAGAGGUGUGUCUGAGCCUCCUGGUGUCCGGCUGCGACCCCACGCUGGUGGACAACAACGGGGACACACCUCUUCACAUCGCCUGCCGCCACGGUAACCUGCGCUGCUUCAGCGUCAUCACACAGAACAGCCGGCCAGAGCACCUACGCACGUCGAUGGCUGCCUGCAACUAUAGCGGUCAAAACUGCCUCCACUUGGCCUCUGUGCGUGGUUUCCUCUCACUGGUGGAGAGAAUGGUGGAUCUAGGAGCUGACAUUAACGCAAAGGAGCAGCAUAACGGUCGCGGCGCGCUCCACCUGGCCGUGGAUCAGCAGAACCUCCUUUUGGUCCAACUCCUGCUGAAAAAAGGAGCGGACCCCAACCUCUUGAGCUCCGGAGGCCACAGCCCCUUCCACCUCACCAUUGGAUUGGAUAACUGCGAAAUCAGCAGAGAGCUGUACUCGGUGACCCAUCCUCACCUGAGGGAGCUCCCCGACAGUGACUCAGAUGACAGCGAUGAAGAGGAAUGCAUGGAAUCUGACGAUGAGGUGCCUUACGAUGACAUUCAGUGGAAUGGACAUUAGCAGGAAACGAGAGAGCGGGGGAAGUUACAGAGACGGAAGGCUGUGACGAUGGAGAACGGACAGAUGGGCGGCCCGGCGCGUUUAUUGCUUCUGCUGUGACGCGCCCGCGUGAUGACAACGAUGGGGUGGGCAGCGCAGCGGGAUGAUGUGACCGCUUCCAGGCAGCUGAGCAGGAAGAGUUAAACAGAGACUGAUGGCGAACGCAUGAUCACAUGUGAAACAUAAUGAUGGGAUGGAUCGCUUGUAUUCUGUGGACGUCCAUACAUAGAGAUGUUCCUCUAACAGCUCUGCUGUAUGAUAGUGUAAAUGCUGUGUAUACAAAGAUGUAUUUUUUAUGGAAGCUGUGAAUGUGUAUAUGUGAGCAGUUGAGUAGGUUGUAUAUGUGAGACAGCAAAUGGAUCCAGCACACUCCAGUUAAAUUAAAACACUCAUAUUUAACAGUGAAAGCCUCCUGUGUGAGCGUGUUAUUUGUUGGGAUGGGAAUAUUUUUACAUUUCUACACAUUAGACAUCAGAAACAGUUGCAUCUGGUGUGUAAUCAUAAUCGACAGCGCCUGACCAUAAU